AAUCAUGUCUGCAUCGAUUGCAUCCUUGAGGGUCGCGACACGCGCACCACCGUCAUGCUUCGCAACAUCCCCAACCGUGUAGAUGUGGAGCAGUUCAUUGAUAUGCUCAAUGAGUAUGCCGCGGGUGAAUAUGACUUCACCUAUCUACGCAUUGACUUCCACACCAACAACAAUGUUGGAUAUGCGUUCAUCAACUUCAUCUCUGAUGCGGGGUUGUUGAGCUUCCUGUAUGGUGUCGAUGGCAGGCAGUGGGCUCGCUGGAACAGCAACAAGGUUGCUCGCGUCUCCUACGCAACUAUCCAAGGCCGAGACAGCCUGAUCCAGAAGUUCCGCAAUUCAUCGGUGAUGUUUGAGAAGGAGGAGUUCCGUCCUCAGCUUUGGUAUUCUCGUGAGAAUUGUGAUGUGUCUCACCCGUUGGGCACCAAGGAGGCCUUCCCUCGAUGCAACAAUCAGGGUCAACUCAAUCGUUCCAUUGCGAACGCUGCUCAUCAGGGUAAAUUC